GUUUGACAGCUGCAAGUUAUUUGUAAACAUUUCCCAAGUCCACGCAAUCGUGUUCGCUUUGCGUUCAGAAAUUGGCCUGCAGUUUAUUCGUCCCUCGCCAUGAACGUUCUCCAGGGUCUGAGCCGUAUCGCGCAUCGAUCGCUGCGUCGAAACCUCUGCUCAUCGCUGGUUCGCCGGUCCUCCACUUACGAAAGUGAUGGUAAAACUUCAGUCACGAUUCUGAACAAGGAGGCCGAUGCUGGGUUGAUGAUCAACUCGUACAGCCAGUUUGGAUUCCGGCUCAAUAACGAUAUGGUCGUCAUCGGACCGAUGGCCAUCUUCUCCCGCACCGUGCUGUCGUGGAACGUCGAAAGCCACGAGGACAUCAACGACGAGUCGUUGAGCUUGUUCUGCGCUAUUGAGCCGAAAAUUGAUGUGCUCGUGGUGGGAAUCGGCGACCACACCAUAACGCCUGCCUUCUCCAAAAAGAUUAUCGACUUUAUGAAGCGCUACAAGAUCAACGUGGAAGUGCUCGGAACGGAGCAAGCUUGUUCGACGUUUAAUUUUUUAAAUGCGGAAAAUCGGGUCGUUGCCGCAGCCCUGAUUCCUCCCAUGACAAUGCGAGUAAACGAGGACGAUCUUAUGCAGAAGCAAAUAUCGAUUAGUAAAUCGUUUGAGGUCUCUGACAAGUAAUCCCGCCGGUUAAACCAAAAGUAGACAGGGUAUGUCGAGGUUCUGUAUAUAAUAAAAAAAAGAUAGUACUACUGUUAGUGUAGACCGCAUGA